AUGGCCGCGGGCGUCGCCGCGUGGCUGCCCUUCGCCCGGGCGGCGGCCAUCGGGUGGAUGCCCGUGGCCUCGGGCCCCAUGCCCGCGCCGCCGCGGCAGGAGAGGAAAAGGACCCAGGACGCCCUCAUCGUGCUGAACGUGAGCGGCACCCGCUUCCAGACGUGGCAGGACACCCUGGAGCGCUACCCGGACACGCUGCUGGGCAGCUCGGAGCGGGACUUCUUCUACCACCCAGAGAGCCAGCAGUACUUCUUCGACCGCGACCCCGACAUCUUCCGCCACAUCCUCAACUUCUACCGCACGGGCAAGCUGCACUACCCGCGGCACGAGUGCAUCUCGGCCUACGACGAGGAGCUGGCCUUCUUCGGCCUCAUCCCCGAGAUCAUCGGCGACUGCUGCUACGAGGAGUACAAGGACCGGCGGCGGGAGAACGCCGAGCGCCUGCAGGACGACGCCGACUCGGACGGCGCGGGCGGCGAGAGCGCGCUGCCCAGCAUGACGGCGCGCCAGAAGGUGUGGCGGGCCUUCGAGAACCCGCACACCAGCACGCUGGCCCUGGUCUUCUACUACGUGACGGGCUUCUUCAUCGCCGUGUCGGUGAUCGCCAACGUGGUGGAGACGGUGCCGUGCGGGGCCAGCCCGGGCCAGGUGCGGGAGCUGCCGUGCGGGGAGCGCUACGCCGUGGCCUUCUUCUGCCUGGACACGGCCUGCGUGAUGAUCUUCACGGUGGAGUACCUGCUGCGCCUGGCCGCCGCGCCCAGCCGCUACCGCUUCGUGCGCAGCGUCAUGAGCAUCAUCGACGUGGUGGCCAUCCUGCCCUACUACAUCGGGCUGGUGAUGACCGACAACGAGGACGUGAGCGGCGCCUUCGUGACCCUGCGCGUCUUCCGCGUGUUCCGCAUCUUCAAGUUCUCCCGCCACUCGCAGGGCCUGCGCAUCCUGGGCUACACGCUCAAGAGCUGCGCCUCCGAGCUGGGCUUCCUGCUCUUCUCGCUCACCAUGGCCAUCAUCAUCUUCGCCACCGUCAUGUUCUACGCCGAGAAGGGCUCCUCCGCCACCAAGUUCACCAGCAUCCCGGCGGCCUUCUGGUACACCAUCGUCACCAUGACCACGCUAGGGUAUGGUGACAUGGUACCAAAAACCAUAGCAGGGAAGAUUUUUGGAUCCAUCUGCUCAUUGAGUGGGGUCUUGGUCAUUGCUCUACCUGUUCCAGUGAUUGUAUCCAACUUCAGUCGGAUCUACCACCAAAAUCAACGAGCAGACAAAAGGAGGGCACAAAAGAAAGCCAGACUCGCCAGGAUACGUGCAGCCAAAAGCGGAAGUGCAAAUGCUUACAUGCAAAGUAAACGGAAUGGUUUGCUCAGUAAUCAACUGCAGUCCUCUGAGGACGAGCAGGCCUUUGUCAGCAAAUACGGCUCCAGCUUUGAAAGCCAGCACCACCACCUGCUUCACUGCUUGGAAAAGACCACGAAUCACGAGUUUGUGGAUGAACAGAUGUUUGAAGAAAGUUGCAUGGAGGUUUCGACUGUUCAUCAUCCUUCAAGUCAUAGUCCCUCUCUCUCCUCACAACAAGGAGUCACUGGCACUUGCUGUUCCCGACGACACAAAAAAACUUUCCGCAUCCCAAGUGCCAACGUAUCAGGAAGCCAUCGGGGCAGUGUGCAAGAACUCAGUACCAUUCAGAUCAGAUGCGUGGAGAGAAACCCGCUAUCUAACAGCCGAUCCAGUUUAAAUGCCAAAAUGGAAGAAUGUGUUAAACUAAACUGUGAACAACCUUAUGUGACUACAGCAAUAAUAAGCAUCCCAACACCUCCAGUAACCACUCCCGAAGGAGAUGACAGGCCAGAAUCUCCCGAGUACUCAGGAGGAAACAUUGUCAGAGUGUCUGCUUUGUAG